UGCUCUUUACCACCAUCGGAAUAUUGACGAGUUUCCCCCUCCAAUAGUGACUCUGCUCUUCCAACCUUAAAAGUUUAAACCCUCGGGCCUCGUCAUAUCCUCCUAUGUUUCUUCAAGCUCAACGCUUCCACAACAAUGGCGAUCACCCGAAAUACUCCACCCAACUUAUCUCUCUCUUCCCUUUUAACCCUUCUCCCUCAAUUCUUCAAAAACAACAAAUUCAACGAUUCUAAAUCUCACUUACUCUCCUUUAUUGCCUCUGAUUCUCAGCACACUCUCCACAACCACCUCCUUCAUCCUUCUUCCCACCUCCCUAAACCCACCACAGCCCUUUAUGAUUCUUCCAUUUCUGCGUACUGCCAGUCAGGGAAACACCAUUUUGCAGUUUCAAUCUUCAAGAAGAUGAAGCGUCUCAAAAUCAAACCGAAGUUGCUUACUUGUAACACUUUGCUUAAUUCACUCGUAAAGUCUCCGUCUUUUCAUUCUCUUUCAACUUGCAGAGAACUGUUUGAUGAUAUGUCUAGAAUUGGUGUCACCCCUAAUGUUAUUACUUUCAAUAUUUUGAUUAAAGGGUAUUGUUCUGUUUAUCGAUUUAAUGAUGCAUUGGAUGUUAUUAAAAUCAUGGGUGAUUUUAAUUGUUUGCCUGAUAAUAUUACCUAUAAUACAAUUUUAGAUGCUUUGUGUAAAAAGGGUAAGUUGAAUGAGGUUAAAUCUUUGUUACUUGAUAUGAAGAAUAAAGGGUUGGUUCCUAAUAAGAAUACUUAUAAUAUUUUGAUUAAUGGGUAUUGUAAAAUGGGAUGGUUGAAGGAGGCAGCUGAAAUUAUUGAUUUAAUGACUCAGAAUAAUUUGUUGCCUGAUGUUUGGACUUAUAAUAUGUUGAUUAAUAGGUUGUGUAAUGAUGGUAAGAUUGAUGAGGCUUUAAGAAAGCGUGAUGAGAUGGAGAAGUUGAAAUUGUCUCCUGAUGUGGUUACUUAUAAUACUUUGAUCAAUGUAUGCCUUAAGUGUAAAGAUGGUGAGGAGGGUUUUAGAUUGUUGGAUGAGAUGGGUCGUAGGGGACUGAUUAAGAAUACAAUUACUUACAAUAUAGUGAUUAAGUGGUAUUGUGAGCAAGGGAAGAUUGAGGACGCGGCUAAUGAACUACAUAAGAUGGAAGUGUCUGGGGUUUCUCCGGAUCGUGUGUCUUAUAAUACUUUGAUUGAUGCAUACUGCAAAAGGGGUGAUUUUGCGGAAGCUUUUAAGAUGAUGAAUCAGAUGGGUAGUAAGGGGUUGAAGAUGGAUACUUUUACAUUGAAUACGUUUCUUCGUGUUCUUUGUGAAGAUAGGAAGCUCGAUUACGCUCAGCAGCUACUUCAUGGUGCCAUUGGGCGGGGUUAUAUGCUUGAUGAAGUGAGCUAUGGCACAUUGAUCUCGGGGUUUUUUAAGGAUGAAAAGGAGGAACGAGCGUUGGAAGUUUGGGAGGAGAUGAAAGAGAAAGGAAUCAUUCCAAGUGUUGUUACUUAUAAUUCCCUCAUUGCUGGACUCUGCAAAGUAGGAAAAACCGACAAAGCUAUUAACAAGUUGAAUGAACUUCUAGAUAAUGGAUUAGUUCCUGAUGAAACUACGUAUAACACGAUCAUUCAUGGUUACUGCUGGGAAGGUAAGGUUGAGCAAGCAUUUCAGUUUCACAACAAAAUGGUUGAAAAUGGCUGUAAGCCUAAUGUUUAUACAUGUAAUAUUCUUCUGACUGGGCUUUGCUCGGAUGGAAUGCUAGAAAAAGCUAUUAAGCUUUUUAAUAUGUGGAUCUCAAAAGGCAAAGAAGUUGAUACAGUUACCUAUAAUACAUUGAUAGCAAGUCUAUGCAAGGAAGGAAGACUUGAAGAUGCCUUGAACCUUGUCAAGGAUAUGAAAGAAAAUAAGUUGCAACCAGAUCAGUAUACCUAUAAUGCCAUUUCCACUGCCCUUAUGAAUGCGGGGAGAAUAACAGAAGCCGAAGAACUCAAGGAAAGAAUUCCUCAGGCUGGAAAGUCACAUAUUGUUUCCAUGUCGACUGAAAAGGAUGUAACAAUUGAGAGUGAUGUGGUUAGAGUGGAAUCAAGUUCAGAUUCUGAGGACUUUUCAAAGAAGAUAAAUCAGCUAUGUUCAGAGGGUAAGUACAAGGAAGCGAUGAGCAUAUAUCAAGACGCUACUCAGGAAGGAAUAGCGGUGAAUAAGACAACUUAUUUCACUUUGAUCGAGGGGCUUCUGAAGAGGAAAAAAGCUAUAUCAAAGGCAGCUCAUUGACACUUGGUAUUUUGAUGUUUUAUAAUGGCCAAAUUGGUUCCAUGGCUCGGGAGAUGAAUGGAUGAUUUACCAAGAAUCUAGAGGAGGUAAUUAUUCUAAUAAAUGAAGACAUAUUUCUUGUCUUUCUCCAUUUAAUUACGUUAGAUAUGUGUGCUUGGUUCUUGGGUUUGACAAACAGUGCAAGCUGUUCUUUUUCUCUUCCUGCUCAACAUGGAGCCUUUUUUUCUUCUGUCCAUAAUGAUGUUAAUUUGUUGGCAAAGGGAUUUAUUUAACAAAUUAGAUAGCAUUUUUUUUGGCAUUUGCAUGAAACAUGUGUUGACAUACAUCAAACUAGUCAGGCAAGACUCGCCUCUUAUGCCCUUGAGUGCCUUAAUUCUUUGAAAUGUAUUUAUGUGUGAUCACUUUAAGGAAUUGGUUUUUCAGGAGGAUGAUAAAGUGAUGGUUUAUGUGAAGGGUUUAUUUGAGUAGAAUUUAUAAAGGCUAGAAUGUGAUAGAUUAUUGCGCUAAAAAUUAAUGUGUACUUACCUAUCUGCGCACACAAUGUUGUAAAGGUUUUUAACGUUACCGUGAUUACAGUAUAGACCAUGUUGUAAAGGUUUUUAACGUUACCGUGAUUACAGUAUAGACCAUGAGAACCGCAAAACUUAAAAUAUUGACCUCAAAAAUGUGUCAUCGUUAUUGCAAUCAUGAGUUUUAUUAUUAAAGUUCAUUUAAAAUUUUGUUAUGCACAAUAUUAUGCGUUACAGUUCUAUUUAUGCUCUAUAUUAUGGUUCUUUUCUUGAAGGAUCCAAUGAUUUAUAAUUCUUUUUCUUUCACAUUAUAAUGGACUAUUAUUAAGUGGCUCAUUAAAUUCUGUGUAGUUUAUUCAUAUGAAAUCUUAGAUGAUAUUUCUAUCCAUUAACGACCUCUUUGUUAUUGCAAGUAUCCUUAGUAACACUGUGUAUGCCCGACCCCUCAUACCUUGCUUAGGUGGGAGCCAUGUAAUGGAAAGGGGUGAUGUAUUUGCUCUAUACUAAGUAAUACUUUUAGCUUUGAGCUGAUGUUUCCGAGAGUUAAGUGGCGAUGUGCUUCUAACAUGAACAAUGCUAAUUGUGUCAAGUGCAGAGGCAUUAGCCCUUUAUCAUUAAACAGAAAUAAUCAAGAGGCUCAUAAGAAUAUCCGACAAUAUCAUCUAUUAGGCUGCUUACGAAUGUCAAAUGUUGGUAGAUUCAUGCUAAUUCAUUUAUUGUCUGCUAAUGUUAGAAGAUUUAGACACAAGAGUUUUGAACUACUAAGGAUACCUCUUACUUAUAUGCCUAAUUAUGUAGGUUUCACUCUUUCAAUGUUCCAUGAAAAAUUUCCUUUUCUUUCAAUCCGAUGUUUCCGUGAACUCUGAUAUAAGUAGGAGUUUCAUCAAACAUUUUAAGGUACUUUGUUCGUUAGAUAUUGUCCUUUCGGAUCAUCUGAUUGUUUUCUCCUUCAAUUUACUGUCAGAAGUCCUGUCUUGAAGAUGCACUUGAAGUUCUCAUUCUAGAUUUUGAAGUCUUGCUAUUGAUAUUUCACAUGGAAAUGCACGAGAGAUUAAGCCUUUUUAUCAGUUACAUAGUAGACUAGUUUUGUAGUGAUGUUGUCGAUAUCUGGAACUUCGUUUUAAAAGCGUGUCACGUUUUGCGUCUCGUGCGCCUUGAGCCCAGGCUUGACUGUAAACGCCUUAGCUAGGUGAGGCGAAGUCCACUACUAGAGGCGUGCGCCUAGGAAUCCUCUGUGGGCUUUGUGUCUGAUGCUCCUCCUUGUUGGACUAGGUAAUUAAAUUAUGCUUGAUUGUUUGAAAUAUAAAGAAAAUUAAAAACUCUAAUUUACUUGAAUAUGAAGUUUUAAACCAUUGCUUCUUUCAGAUAAAUAAAAAGUAGUGAAGAAGAAGUAAACACCUUUGUUAUUCUUAAUAUUUUAUAUAAUAGUUAUGUGCUAAAGUGGUAUUUACCGCUAGGAUAAUGAAUGAUUUUAAGCUUGUUGAUACUAAAAUAUGCAUGACAUUUUUAUAUGUUUUAAUAGUGAUUUUUAAGUUUAGCGAAAAAGUGCUCUUCGCCUAUAGAAAGCUCACGCUUUCACCCUAAACUUUACGUGAUCUUUUGCGCCUCGGUCCGCUUCGCAGUUUUUGCAUUCUUUAAAACUAAGAUCCAGAAUAAUUUUAUGGUACAUCAAUUACUUAUUUAGUUUGUUGAAACCUGCUUUGUUUAUGCUGUAUUGAAAAUUCGUUGUGAGUUCGGACAUGUUUUCUAUGUGUAUGCUAAUUGAAAUGUGUUAUUGUGUAAAUUUUGACCGUUUUGUUGGUACUAAUUGGUGGUAAUAGAAAUAUUUUAUUGUGUAAAUUUUCAAGAAAUGUAUAUGUCAUUUCUAUGGUAAAACUGAUCAUAAAUGGAAAUUUGUUCACAAAUUUAUGUUAUCACCUAAUACAAUCUUUUCAAAAGGGUGAUACUUUGUGAAACAGUCGCAUUAUUAAUGAGACUUUAUUAGUCAUUUUUAGCGCCUAAUUUUUUUUUUAUAUUUGUUCAUUACUAAUUAAAAUUUAAUUAGUGAUGGUAGUCAUUUGAAGAUAUCUACGGUGAUUAGGAACUUGUUAGUUCGUAAUGUAGUUAUGAACUGUGACAAGUACGUAAACUUUGGAGGUAAAACAUAAAGUUGAGCAACUACCCUUAAUGUUUCGAGAUAAUUAUAAUACUUACCGAAAACAUUAUUUACCCAUGUUGAAAAUAAAUUAAAUAUUUCAUAAAACUAUACAAGUGAUUUUAAGCAUGAAACACAAGUUGCCUAACUUGUGAAAUGUACAACAAUUUGUACCCAAACUUUAAACAACCAUAGUAACCUUUCCUAUACUAUAAUAGAUCAAAUUGAGGAUGAAAAUCACCUCCCAACAACUAAAACCAACCAGCUAUCGUUACCCUAUUUUCCUCCAUUACAUGCACGUUGUUCACUUACACACACAAGCUAAAUGUUCUACCUAAGACCCCCUCUUGUCCUAGUCAAUGAUGAGUAUCAUUACUAGCAUGCAAGAGUCAAGAAAAGGAGCAAAAGUAACCCACCAAACAACCAUAAAGCUGUGUGCUAUCCUCCUCAUUCACUCACCAUUUUCACUUCAACACACUCACAAAUUCGUUCAAACGUCUUCCUUCAAAAACCUCUACAAGUCCUACAUGUUUUCUACUUCAAAAUCUCAGUAAAACCAUUUGAAAAACACCUAUUUUAGAGCAUAAAAGCUGCUGUCCAGACUAAUAAAUCAUCAUAUACUCCUCAAAGUAUUCAUAUAAACACGUCUAAGGUCAUCUCUAAUCAUCUCCAACAAAAACACUUUCAUUUCCUUACAAAAACACUUACAAAAAGACUAUCUAUAUAAAGUUUAUGAACAUAAAAAAUUCAUAAAAUUAUUAUUCAUGUUAUUAUACUUCAUCCAUACCACUUUGGAGUAUUCUUACAAGGUAUUCUAAAUUUAAGUUUACAAACUUUGUUUUUAUAACUUAUACUAGAACAAGUAUAUAUAAAAACUAUUUUUGUAUGAAAUCUUUCUCAUAAAUCAAGUAUGUUAUAAAGAUAUAUUUUAUGACUAAAAAGAGGAAAAAUUAUCGCUUAUAUAAAUCUAUAAAAAGUGGAAACUAAGAAAAUGUAUUUCUGCAAACUUAUAAAUUUUGUUACUUAAAGGAUUUAAGUAAAAUUAUGGGACUUGAUUAAGUAUGUUGCUCAACAUAAUAAGUAUACUCCAAAUAUGUUAAAAUCAUCACAAGUAUUAGUUUAACAACUCCAACUACGGAAAGUUAAGUGCAUGUUAGAAAUUCAAAAUUAUUAUUGAUUUUUGGAUGAAUGCAAUAUGUUUAGUUGAAGAGUUGGAGUUGAGACUUGAAAGACAAGGACCCGAAGUUAGAACCACUUCUAAGAACGCAUAAGUGCUUACUUGGGAGCUUACGGAAUACUUAUAUAGGUUUGGAGUCAAGUUAUGUCACAUGGGUGAUUUUUAAAGAAUUUAAGAACAAGUUAGGAAAGUUUGUGCGUAAACUUGUUUUUAAAAAUAAAAUUUCCAAAGAGAAGUUCUUAAAUCUUGAAAAAUGAUGUCAAAAUGAGUAUGAAAUAAUUUAUUACAUGUAUUAUUAUUGUGGACAUCAUGCAUAUUGAUUUUAUGAAUUGUUGUAUGUUUAAAGGCAUGUUUAACACUACUUUGUGAAAGUUAUUGUGAUGGAAAUGAUUAUAUGAACUUUGAAAAUGUUUGAAAUUCAUUUUAAAAGUAAUUUCCAGUAGCUAUAUGUUAAGAAAAUCUCUUGGAUAUUUUUUGUUGAAAAAUAUUUUAAUGGAUUUUAAGGUGUUAAAUGCUCUUAUUAUAAAACAUGGUAUUAGAUAAAAUCGUGUUAUAAUGUCUCCAACAAGAUUUUGCCAAAAUAUAUUUAGUUUGGAAUUUUUCAUGAUUUAUUAGUAAUCGUUAAAUUGAUUAUCGGUAAAUUGUGAAAUAGUAAAAUAUGAAAUAAUUACCAAAUAAAGACACAUGGACUUGAAAUUUUUAUCACAUACUCAUAUGGAUAGUAAAUAAAAUUAGUAAAAGUUUGGGAAGAUUUUGUUGACGUUUAAGGACCUUAAUAAUUUUUACUCGCUUAUUAAUAAUCUGUAAGUUAGAAAACGGUAAAAUAUAAAAUAAAUACUAAAUGACAUCUUUUGGACAUGAAAAUUUUAUGAGACACUUAUAUAAACAAUAUAUACAUGUACAAAAAUUGAUAUGGAUUUUCGUAAUCAUAUAUGG